CGAGGCAGCGACGCCCUGUCACACGGCGGCCAUAGAAAAUCAGCAACAGACCUCCACUCCACCUUCUCCUCUUCUCCGCUUUUGUCAAUUGUCAUCCCCAGCCCGUUACGCUGCUGCCGCUGCUCCUGCUCCGCUUCGUCUUCCUUCUCCCGUCUCCGCUUCGCAAUCGCCGGCGUUCCUCAGCCCUAGCUUCCUCGCCGCUACUGGCACACGGCAGCUUCCUCCUCCUCCUCCGAGAUCCGAACGGCUCACUGUUCCCGCCUUGUUGCCCACACCCAGAUCCGCAGGUGCUCCUCCCCUGCCGCGGCGGGGAUCUGCCAACGCCGCGCCGGUGCCGCCACUACUUGCUGGUGGCGAUCCGCUGCCCGGAGCGCCUCUCCGCACCGCGUGCAGCUUAUAAUAUUCUGCCACAUCACUCUAGGUGAAGCAAGAUUGGGUAGGUCUCGGGUGCCUACUUCAUUCUUGAGUUUGUCAAUAUAAGCCACUGAAGCAAAGGAUGCAUGAGAUUAACCCAAUGAAAUAAAUGCUCCUACAUGGGUCCAAGCAUUUACCUAUCAAACUUCAUAAUGCUGGAUGCUAUUCUCAGGCACACCUAUAUGGUGAUCUUGCCAUUUACUGCCGUGUUUCUAUGUUAUGGAAAUUUGAAGAGCGCUGAUGUUACCUGUAGUGCUCUCUAAAUUUGGAACAUGGAGCAUGCACUGAUCAGUAGAAGGUUUCCAACUGAUCCCAAUGAGUAUAAGUUAUAUGAGGAAAUUGGAGAAGGCGUUAGUGCCACAGUAUACCGAGCUCUUUGUGUACCAGUUGACAUUUUGGUUGCCAUCAAAGUGCUUGACCUUGAGAAAUGUAACAAUGACCUGGAUGGGAUAAGACGGGAAGUGCAAACUAUGAGUUUGAUUGAUCACCCAAAUCUUCUUCGUGCAUAUUGCUCAUUUACAAAUGGGCACCAGCUUUGGGUUGUCAUGCCUUACAUGGCCGCUGGAUCUGCUCUCCACAUUAUGAAAACUUCUUUUCCAGAAGGGUUUGAUGAGCCAGUCAUUGCUACUCUUUUGCGGGAAGUUCUGAAAGCUCUUGUCUACCUACAUUCUGAAGGACAUAUUCACAGAGAUGUCAAGGCUGGAAACAUCUUAAUAGAUACAAAUGGAGCUGUUAAGCUAGCAGACUUUGGAGUGUCAGCAUGUAUGUUUGAUACUGGAAAUAGGCAAAGAGCAAGAAAUACAUUUGUAGGGACGCCUUGCUGGAUGGCUCCUGAAGUCAUGCAACAACUGCAUGGUUACGAUUACAAAGCUGACAUUUGGUCCUUUGGAAUAACUGCAUUAGAACUAGCACAUGGUCAUGCUCCAUUUUCAAAGUACCCUCCAAUGAAGGUGUUGCUUAUGACCUUGCAAAAUGCACCACCAGGUCUAGAUUAUGAGAGGGACAAGCGGUUUUCAAAGUCUUUCAAGGAUUUGGUUGCUACAUGUUUAGUCAAGGAUCCACGCAAACGUCCUCCUUCUGAAAAGCUUCUGAAGCAUUCUUUCUUUAAGCAUGCUCGCUCAGCUGAAUAUCUGGCACGGAGUAUUCUUGAUGGCCUCCCUCCAUUGGGUGAACGCUUUAGGGAACUGAAGUGCAAAGAGGCUGAGUUGCUUCUCAAUAACAAGCUUGGUCAAGAGAGCAAGGAGCAGCUAUCACAGAAAGAGUACAUAAGAGGCAUCAGUGGCUGGAACUUCAAUCUAGAGGACUUAAAAAAUGCAGCUGCCCUUAUAGACAAUUUAAAUGGCACUUGUCAUUUAGAUGUCAGGGAGAACAAAGUUAAGGAUGACUCACAGGAUGCUUACAAUGGCCCAGGACAUAUUUACCAGGAAAGGCUCAACCAUGUUGCUUCUAGAAGACCUGAAGAGGAUGAGAUACAAGAAGUUGAAGCUUUGAAUAAUGCUCUCUCCUCUUCGUUUCCAAACCACCCCCUUGAGGCACUAAAAUCUUGCUUUGAUGUUUGUGGUGCUGAUGACCUGGACCCUACUGCUACUGAUUCAAGAGCGCAACCAAGUGUCAGAACUUUACCUUUCCAGCAGUUGCAAAAAAUGGAGCAUUGUAAAAGUGCCAACUGCAACGGUGAAAGCUUGGAAAGAAGCCUUUCUGUACCUAAGAAUCUGGUCACUAGUGGAUACCACAGGCAUUCAAGUGGUUCUCUUAUACCUGAGCAAGUUCUUUCCCCCUACUCGAGCAGUGAUUUGGAAAGGGAUGGAUUUCGUCAGAAAAAUCUAAGCAGCAGGAACCGUAGUGGCCCUUUAUUGUUCCGCCAAUUGAAGGAUUCACGCACACAUCAAUCUGCACAUCCAUUUUUGAGAGCAGUUGCGCCAGAGGAGUCAUCAGAAGGGAACAUUAUCCGUCGAAGGGGGCGCUUCCAGGUUACGUCAGAUAGUAUUUCUCAAAAGGUAGCUACAUCAGCCUGCAGCAGCAGUAGCAGGAUAAACCUACCAAUUGAAGCAGCACAAUCAAAUCCCAAGUCGCCUGCAAUUCUUCCAACUUUGCAAUUCUUGAUGCAGCAAAAUACUAUGCAAAAGGAAGUACUCAGUAGGCUGAUUUCUUCAAUUGAGGAAACAUCUGACGAUUCUUUAGCAAGGACAAGCAGUUCAUAUCAGUCUUCUGGAGGACCUGCCAGAGAAAAGGAAUUGCAUUCAUAUGUUCUCCAGUUGCAGCGAAGUGUCACUGAACUUGCUGAGGAAGUGCAAAGAUUAAAGCUCCAAAACAAUCAGAAUUUGGCUAAACAUAACAUGGUUUCCCUGCUUGACAGCUUGAGCAGCAGAUCAAUGUAUUGUCAAGAAAAGAUGAAAGGUCGCAAACACAGGAUAACCGACAAUGAUGAUAUGCCCCUUCUGCCACACUGUAUAAUUCAGUUCCCCAAUUUUGAACUUUGUUAGAAAAUUAUUUGUAUUCUGUCUGCAGUCAGGGUUGUAUCAUUGUAAGCUGUAAGUAUUUAGCGAAGGGUGAAAUCAUAGUAAUUUUGAUUUGUACAGCUUUGUUUGGUUAACCAGGAAGAAAUAGUUCUCUUUGGUUUUUAGGUAAUGUGCUGAUAAUAUUGUUUUGCGUGGAAGUUUGUGAAAGUUUACUUUGAGCAUGGAACAUUGUGUUGCGUGAAGUGGGUCGGAGUACUUGCGCUGGCAGUGGUGUUGGAUGCGAGCAUAGGGAACAAUGUCAGGAUCUGGAACUAUGGUUGCUAAUUUUUUUCUCUA